CACCCACACACACACACACACACUCCCAGAGCUCAGUCAGCCUCACAGGAGGGCAGUGUGGAGUGUCGGAGACUAUAAGUUACACACACACACCCAUAGCCUAAUUCUUACUCUCAUGCAGAGCAGAAUGGAGGUCUGGCUUCUCUGUCUCCUCUCUCAAGUAUUCUUGAGUCUCACAACAGUAGUAGGAGCGCAGUCAACAGUAUAUAACCUGCUGACGUCACCGGACUGCCUGCCAGACCUGCUGCAUGGGGGUCUUCAGGACCAGGGGGUCAAGGAGCUCUUCAUACUCACCACCUUCCAGCUCCAGCCCAAGGGUGGAACCACCGUCUUCAGCCUCUAUAACCCCCAAGACAACAGCAAGUACAUGGAGUUCACUGUACUUGGCAAGAUGAAUAAAGCAUCACUACGGUAUCUCCGCAGCGAUGGCAGAAUGGGCACCGUGACCUUUAAUAACCUGCGUCUGGCUGACGACAUGCGCCAUCAGCUUCUCUUCCACCUGAAGGGGCUGCCAGCUCCUGGCGGACCUGACCAGGGCAUACCUGGCGUGGACUUGCAUGUGGACUGCAAGCUGGUGGAAACCAUCACAGAUCUGCCGCUGGUGUUUACAGGACUGGCUCCCCACCGCGGCGUGCAGCUCAAGACUAUGCAGCCCAAAGCACAGCAGGAGUCGCUGGAGGAGCUGAAGCUAGCAUUUGGAGACUCUCUGGUGAAUGUGCAGUCGCUGCAGGAUUGCCACUCGCACCAGAUGGACUCCAUCCAGACCCUAGGAGUCAGCACGAAGCAGCUAACAGGCCAGAUGGUGGAGCUUACCAAAGUAAUAAAUGAGCUGAAAGACAUCCUUAUUCAACAGGUCAAGGAGACAUCCUUUUUAAGAAACACAAUCUCCGAGUGUCAAGCCUGUGGCUUGGGUGGCACUGACUUUGACAAGCAGCGAUGUGCCCCGGGAGUAUGUUUCCGUGACAACACGUGUGUGGAGACAGACAACGGGGUGGAGUGCGGGCCGUGUCCGGACGGAUACACGGGCGACGGUUUCAGCUGUGACGAUGUGGAUGAGUGCCAGUUUAACCCCUGCUACCCUGGAGUGAAGUGUGUGAACAUGGCCCCAGGUUACCGCUGUGAGGUCUGUCCUCUGGGCUUUACUGGCCAAUCAGUGGAGGGAGUGGGUGCGGUUUUCGCACAGACUCAUAAGCAGGUCUGCGACGAUGUGGAUGAGUGCAAAGGACCAGAUAACGGAGGCUGUGCGGCGAACUCACAGUGCGUCAACACUAUGGGAUCAUACCAGUGUGGAGGAUGUAAGCCGGGCUUUGUGGGGGAUCAGAAGAAGGGCUGUCGGCCGGAGCGAAGCUGUGGUAAUCGCCUGCAGAACCCCUGCCAUGAGCACGCUUUCUGUGAGGAGGAAAGAGAUGGAACCAUCACCUGCACGUGUGGUAUUGGCUGGGCAGGCAAUGGCUACCUGUGUGGAAAGGACACUGACAUUGAUGGCUAUCCAGAUGAGAAGCUACGCUGUAAAGACGCAAACUGUAAAAAGGACAACUGCAUGUAUGUUCCGAACUCUGGUCAAGAGGACGCAGACAUGGAUGGCCUUGGAGACACCUGUGAUGAAGAUGCUGACGGAGAUGGGAUACUAAAUGAGCAGGAUAACUGCUGGUUGAGGCCAAAUGUGAACCAGUUGAACAGUGAUAGGGACAGCCAUGGCGAUGCCUGUGAUAACUGUCUACACGUGGAGAACCCUGACCAACGAGACACGGACUCAGACGGCCUGGGAGACGCAUGUGACGAUGACAUGGAUGGAGAUGGGCUGAAGAACUUUCUGGAUAACUGCCAGCGGGUAAAGAACGUGGAUCAGCGUGACAAAGAUGCUGACGGAGUGGGAGAUGCGUGCGACAGCUGUCCUGAUAUACCCAACCCCAACCAGUCAGACAUUGACAAUGAUCUUGUUGGUGAUUCAUGUGACACAAAUCAAGACAGUGAUGGAGAUGGUCACCAAGACAACAAUGACAACUGUCCAUUAGUGAUGAACAGCUCUCAGCUGGACACAGACAAAGAUGGCCUUGGAGAUGAGUGUGACGAUGAUGACGACAAUGACAAUAUUCCUGACGUCCUGUCACCUGGUCCAGACAACUGCAGGCUGGUGCCAAAUCCAGACCAGACGGAUGACAACAAUGAUGGCGUGGGCGAUGUCUGUGAGUCUGAUUUUGACCAGGAUAAAGUGAUUGACAGGAUUGACAAUUGCCCGGAGAAUGCCGAGAUCACACUGACAGACUUCAGAGCCUAUCAGACUGUAGUUCUGGACCCAGAGGGAGACGCCCAGAUUGACCCCAACUGGGUGGUUCUCAAUCAGGGUAUGGAGAUUGUGCAGACCAUGAACAGUGAUCCUGGCCUGGCCGUGGGUUACACUGCAUUUAGUGGCGUGGAUUUCGAAGGAACCUUCCAUGUCAACACAGUGACUGAUGACGACUACGCUGGCUUCAUCUUCGGGUACCAGGACUCCUCCAGCUUCUACGUGGUGAUGUGGAAACAGACUGAGCAGACGUACUGGCAGGCCACACCCUUCAGAGCAGUCGCUGAACCUGGAAUCCAGCUGAAGGCAGUGAAGUCUAAGUCGGGCCCUGGAGAGCACCUGAGGAACUCUCUGUGGCACACAGGAGACACCAACGACCAGGUCCGUCUUCUUUGGAAAGACCCACGCAACGUCGGCUGGAAGGACAAGAUCUCCUACCGCUGGUAUCUCCAGCACAGACCACAAGUGGGCUACAUCCGUGUGCGUUUCUAUGAGGGCACUGAGCUGGUGGCAGACUCAGGUGUCAUGAUUGACACCACCAUGCGAGGAGGCCGUCUGGGCGUCUUCUGCUUCUCACAGGAGAACAUCAUCUGGUCCAACCUCAGAUACCGCUGCAAUGACACCAUCCCAGAUGACUUCCAAGCAUUCAGCGCUCAGCACAUGCCCCUCUAAGAUCCAGGAGUGUAUCUGGGUCCAGUCUGUGUCUGUCUUUAUGUGUGUGUGUGUGUGUAUGUGUAUGUUUGUGUCUGUACGUGUGUGUAGAAAAAGAGGAAGAGAGUGAGAGAGAUAGAGUGUGUGUGUGUGUGUGUGUGUGUGUGUG